GUUUAAGGCCCGUGAGGUUUAUCCCGUUUGACCGGCAGCUACUUCUGCCAUUGGGAUUAAAUAGGCCUUGAGGGAAACUUAACGAGAAUAUGAAAACGUGCUCAUAUAGCUAAAACUAACACGCUGUGCUCUAAACAGAUCCUUUAAGCUAAAUAGAAAUUAACAAAGUUUAAUUGCUACCUUCGAAAAUCAAACUAUCUCUAUUUUUAAAAAAAUAGUGUACUAGCUACUUUUAAUUUAGGCUAAUCGUGCUGACUGAAGUUUUGAAAACCCAUAACGUUUAGUAUAAAUAGCAAAUUAAUGCGACAGGUUGAAUAGAUAGUCGUAGUUUCAACGGCACGAGGUUUGCCUGCAAUCACGGAAACGAAGUGAUGAUUAUUAUGAAAAGAUGCAUCCACUUACCGGUGUUUACAAUUUUAAAAGCACGCGCCGGCGUUUCCUCUUUUCGCGUUCUGGUUACUAAUUAUCUACGCGAGUUAUUUCUUUAGCUUAGAGAUAUAUCAGCUAAAGAAGACCUAUUUAUUAUUAACCACCUCUGCACGGGCGAAAGAAAAUAAAAACGCGCGCGUCGAUUUCUUACGAGAGCUGUUUAUUUUGGGCCGCGUAAACAUAUUAGCGAUCAUUUUUUUAACUGUCGCUAUCAUAUUAUCAGAAUAAACAUCUUAAUAUUGUUUGUUAAAAAAACAGACUUGCGCAAAUACUAAUACUUUUACACUUUUUUUUAGAAUUCAGCAUAUUUCUAAUGCGCGCAGCGGCGUCGACGUCACGAGAAAUAAAGGCGAAAAAUCAAAACCGAAGCACGUGGAGCCGAGUUAUUAAUUUUAUCCUAUAAAUCAUCAACUGAAAGACACACAUUGACGAAUGAUUAGCGUGAAUGGAGAUCUAGUUAUUCAUUGUCGAAAGUUAUAAACCGGGUUCGCUCGCAGACAUAUGUCUUGUCAGUCUCCAAAUCAAACCGUCCGGACAGAUUUCAGGAGCUGACGUUUAGCCUGAACUAAAACAUGGGAGGACCCGUGGCGCGCGGCCCGCAUGAUCAAAGGCUACAUGCAGCAGCACAAUAUCCCUCAGCGCGAGGUGGUGGAUGUGACAGGCCUCAAUCAGUCGCACCUGUCGCAGCACCUGAAUAAAGGCACGCCUAUGAAAACGCAGAAACGCGCCGCGCUCUACACCUGGUAUGUCAGGAAACAGCGGGAGAUCUUGCGGCAAUUCAACCAGGCCUCGCAAGGCUCUGUCAGCAACAUGUCCGACAAAGCCAACCAGGAUCAGGUGCUACUUUUUUUCUCUGAGUUCAGUCAGCCUGGGCAGGGCAUGGCACAGUCAGGGGACGAUGCUGGCGUUGAACCUGCAUGCAAGAAACUGAGACGCAACCGCUUCAAAUGGGGGCCUGCAUCCCAACAGAUCCUUUACCAGGCUUACGAACGACAGAAGAACCCCAGCAAAGAGGAGAGGGAGGCACUGGUGGAGGAGUGCAACCGUGCCGAAUGCCUCCAGAGAGGAGUAUCACCUUCUAAAGCUCACGGGCUUGGCUCCAACCUGGUCACAGAGGUGCGAGUCUACAACUGGUUUGCCAACAGGAGAAAGGAAGAGGCCUUUAGACAAAAACUGGCUAUGGAUGCCUAUAGUGGGCCAACACACAAUCUGAACUCCCUUCUUACACACAGUUCCCCGCAUCACCCGCAAACCAGCAACUCCCCACCAAGUAAGAUGCAAGGUGUCCGGUACAGCCAGCAAGGUCCUGGUGAAGUCAGUUCCUCCACAACGAUCAACCACCAUAGCACCAAUGCCAUGUCAACCAGCCAGUCAGUGUUACAGCAGGUCUCUCCUGGGGGCCUGGACCCCAGCCACAGCCUCCUGUCACCUGACGCCAAGAUGAUCUCAGUAUCAGGUGGAGGUCUUCCUCCAGUCAGCACCCUGACCAACAUCCAUGCAUCUCACCACAUGCAUCAACAGGCCCCCAACCUCAUAAUGCCCCUUUCUGGAGUCAUGGCCAUCGCGCAAAGUGAGUUGUCCAACCACCUUGCUUUCCGUCUCCGAUUCUUCAUGCAUUCCUCAUGUGACACAUCAUUGUUCUUGCAUCCAGGUUUGAACACGUCGCAGGCUCAGACGGUUCCUGUCAUCAACAGCGUCGCAGGCAGUCUGGCAGCAUUGCAGCCGGUGCAGUUCUCGCAGCAGCUGAACGUCUCACACCAGCAGCUCAUGCAACAGUCAUCUGGCCACAUGAGCCAGCAGCCCUUCAUGGCCUCUGUCUCACACUCACACAUGUACCCACACAAGCAGGAGCCGCCCCAGUAUUCUCACUCGUCUCGGUUUCCCCCUGCCAUGGUGGUGACAGACGGCAACAGCCUCAGUACGCUGAGCUCAAUGUCCUCCAGCAAACAGUGUCCGCUUCAGGCCUGGUGAGCACCUGACGAGAACACCUCCACCUCCAUUCCCCUUCACCGCUCCCGUAUCCGUGGAAACCCCAUAAUAAGUGCGGAUGAGCGGUUAGUCAAUACACCACGGGAUGCAGGGCCGACGAGAACGGACACUGUUAGGUUGUUCGAUCAACAAGGAAACACACUUUAGUGACAGUAUUUCACUUCUCAGUGAUGGACAAAACGCAUUGAGGAACACGAGUGAUCCUGAAGAACAAACCAAGACAAAGCUACGGAUACAAGGAGAAGGAAGACCUGUGCUCAGUGAAGACAUUACGAUGGAGUUGUGCGCAUCCAGUGACAAUCAGCCAAUGUUAGAAGCAUCCGCAGGACUUACUGCAAAGUGUAACUGAUGCAAAGACGUCUUCCGUGAGAUCUGUACAGUUGAAUGUAAAUACAAGCAAUUAUUACGCCGUUAGCAUGAAGGAUGUAAAUAUUCGAUUGUCCAUGCUGUUUUAUCUGUCUAAACUGUGAUUCACGAUGUGACAAUCUACGCGACAGGUAUAUGAUGUAUCGGAAUAUGCAAUUUCAGACUACUUUGAUGAAGCAAGAUAAAUGUUAAAGCACAUUCAAAAACCUAUCGAUCUUCCUGCAAUCCUGGUUUUAACAUAGACGCUAAUGUCAAUGUUGACUAUUAGCAUUAACGUCGUCUGAUAGAUAAGAGUCAUCUUUCUGUGCCAGGACAGAAGUAGUGGAUUUAAGAUACGGUCGAUUCAGAGACAGAUAACUCCAUCCGCAUAGCUGCUCACCAUCUUUGCGAUAUCGACAGGAGCGGCCGUGAAUCAUGACGUGCCUUUCUAAUCUAAAUAUUGACUUACAAUCAAACUGUCAGUGUCACGGAGAUACGGGAAAAGAGUGUCCUGUCAAACUGGACGGCCGAAUGGUUAUCAGUAGGAAUUUCAUAAAAGUUGGGAAAUUGAGCCCAUUCGCCAUUUUAAACAGUAUUACCCGCUCACGCCACUCUGAACUACCAGGAAGCAUUGUGACUUUUUACACAUUUGCUGGCAUUUAUGUCCACAAUUUCAUAACUUUAAAACAUUUUGGUAAAUUUGAGGAAACUAGUGCACACGUCCCCAUGUAGAGUUUGAAAACUUGUCAAAAGGUCACUUCAAUGUUUGUUUUUAAUGUUGUUGACUGUGUUCCCGCUGCCAGUUGACCUGAAGUUACAGUGCUGGAUUAUUCUCCUGUUUUAUGCUGGAUUUAUACAAAAUGUGAUUCUGUCCACAUUGUAUUAUUUUUGUAUAAAAUGAAAUCAAUCUUUUAAAAUCAUUAUUUAUGCUUAUGUUUCAAGUAAAGUUGUUUUUCUUUCUCAA